CUCCUCCUCCUCGGCAUCAUCAGGAGCAGCAGCAGCGGCAGCAGCCCUGGCAGGAGCCAGAGCCCGGCAGCCGAGGCUGCAGCCAGCUGCUGCCAGCCCCUGCCCGCGCCGGCACCGGGCACAGCCCCGGCCCCGCUGCUGCCGGGGGAACCGGGCACAGGGAGCUGCGGGAGCUGCACUGCAGAGGGACCCCGGACAAGCCAGGUGAUGACCUGAUAAAACCAUGUCUGAGGUUCAGGGAACGGUCGAGUUUUCUGUGGAGCUACACAAAUUCCAUAAUGUGGACCUCUUCCAGAGGGGGUAUUACCAGAUAAGAGCUGGACUGAAGAUCCCAUCCAGGAUUCCCCACAGGCUGUUUGCUACAAUUGCAGGACAGACAGGUGAUUCCAGCCUUUGCUCGGCCUGCAUUCAUGAAAACAACGUUUACAGCAGAAUAUUUCAGAUUUUGUACAGAAAUGAAGAGAUUGUUCUUAAUGAGUCAAUGAACUUCAGAGUGCACCUGCUCCUGGAUGGUGAAAGGGUGGAAGAUGCAUUGAAUGAGGCAGAUUUUCAGCUCAAGCUGGACCUGCACUUUACUGAUAGUGAACAGCAGCUGAGGGAUGUCCCAGCCAUCCCCCUGAUCAGCAGCCGCACGCUGUGCCUGCACUUCCACCCCCGCCGGGGGCUGCACCACCACGUCCCCGUCAUGUUCGACUAUUUCCACCUGUCCGUGGUGUCCGUCACCGUGCAUGCCUCCCUGCUGGCUCUGCACCAGCCCCUCAUCAGUUUUGCUCGUCCAGGGAAAGGUUCCUGGCUUGGGAAAGGCAGCCUGGAGGCAGGACCAGACCAGUCCAGUAUGUCAUUAGAAAAUCUGGUGUUUGGAGCUGGCUACUGCAAACCCACUUCUUCAGAGGGCAGCUUUUAUGUCCCAUCUGAAAACUGCAUGCAGCAUGCAUACAAGUGGCAUAAGGAUCUCUGUCUUCUGCUCCUGAAUGCUCAGAGGGGUCUUCACACAUACUACACCCUCAUAAUGAAUGAGAUUCCUGAUUUACCACAGCUGAAGUUGGAGGAGCUAUCUGUGGAAGAGACAUUAUCCCAGCUUUGUAUGGAGCUGCAGCUGCUGAGCAAUCCAGAGAAGAUAGCAGAACAGAUAAGCAAGGACCUUGCUUGGCUUUGCUCUCACCUCCUGGCCCUGUGGACCCAGUUCCUGGAGGUGGCAACACUCCAUCCAGAAGUCACAGCUUAUCUGACUCAGGAACAUCACAUGCUGAGGGUGAGAAGAUUCUCAGAAGCUUUCUUCUACACUGAACACCAGAAACCUGCUGUGCUCAUGUUCCAGGAAGGCCUGAUCCAGAGCCACGCGCAGAUCUCCACGGAAAUCCGUAAUUCGGAUUAUUUCACCAGCAUGCCCCCGCUGCCAGCAGAGUGCCUGGACAUCGACGGGGACUGGAACACGCUCCCAGUCAUCUUUGAAGAUAGGUACACUGACAUGCCCUGCAAAGAUCAGAAUUUGGAAGUUUUCCCAGAUUUUGAGGUUCCUGCAAACACUCAAAUGGAUGCAAAACUGGAAAAUGAAGACUGUGCAUCAGAUGAUGCCUCUGCAGUAAUGAAAGGAGACUUUGGGGAAGGUACUCUAUUAAUACACACAGACAGGAUAAACAGGAAUCCCCCAUGCCUACACAGCAGUACUGAAGCUGCUGCUAAGGGUUCAAACCAGCACUCCACAUCUCAGGUAUGUACAAUAAACAAAGAAGGCCAAAGGAAACCUGAAAAUAUUUUUGUUUCAAGAGAGGAAACUAUUUCUGGCUCAAGAGAGGAAACUAUUUCUGACUCAGAGCCAGGCAAUACAGAACACAUGUCAGAAGACUUUAAAACAUCUGAGGAAGUUUUGUUGAAAGAUAAUAUCUGUGGAAACAUGGAACCCAGCAAUAAGGACUCUCACAAAAGUGAGCCCAUGCUCAUUGUCAGUGCUCAGUAUGAGUGUGGAGCAUGUGGAACUGAUGACUUGGAAGACAGGACUGAAAUACACGAACUAGAUGAAUUUGGUCAUCCUGAAACUAAUUUCACUUCAUCUGAGCUUGCAUUGGAUGAAUUGACCAGCCUUGGAAAGUCAGAGGAUGCAGACACCAAGGCUCAUCUCCCUGUUUUGAAAGCUUUGCCUUUACACAGCUGUGAAGUGAAAUCAGCCGCGAAGGAUCAACGCGGUGAGGAGGGCGAAGAAUCUACCCUGAUGUCGGGGGUCAUAAAAAGAUCUUCGUCCCUGAUCUCUGACUCGGGCAUCGAGAGCGAGCCCAGCUCGGUGGCGUGGUCGGACGCCCGCGGGCGGGCGCUGGAGCUGCCCAGCGAGCGGGAGAUGCUGCAGCAGCUGGUGCGCAGGCACGCCGUCCACCGCAACUCCCUGGAGGGCGGCCACACCGACAGCAACGCCAGCCUGCCCAGCGGCAUCCAGGCCUCCCUCACCUCCAUCAGCUCCUUGCCCUUCGAGGAGGAGGACAGGGAGAUGGAGCUUACCAAGCUGACGAAAUCCGUCUCUGCUCCUCAGAUCAGCAGCCCGGAGGAGCCCGCCGAGGAGGUGGAUAUAGCAAAACACGGCGAGGGCUCCUCGGGGGAUUCAGAUCAAAACUUAAGGAGCUGCAUGGAAACGGAGGAUAAAGAUGGAAAAAUAAUCAUGGACUUUCCUGAGGGUCAAAUGCCCACUGAAAGUGGACAAAUAGAACACGGAAGACGUCCCAAACCUCUCCUCAAACACAGUAGCAGUAAUGCUGAGUUACAAGGGGAGGAGGAGAAAGGUUUUCCAGAGACUUGCUGUAGCUUGGAGAACACGAGACCACCCAUUUGUCCGAAGCAGCUCCAAGAUAAUGUCUCUGAGUGCCUGUCACUGGAGAACAAUGGUGAGUGCAGCUUAACAACUCCAAGGGCUUGUAAUUACUUGGACAAAAAUAUAGAUAAGGUUGAUCCGUGCAUUGAGGAUCCAAAGGAUAAACUUAAACCGGACAGUUUAAAAAUACAACAGGGCUCUUCCAAUAGUAGAAUUUCAGGAGAGGAGAGUUUUUCACAAAGCAUAAAGGCGGUACCAGAUUUUUGCUAUCCUGUUACAGCUCCUUCAGACACCUCCACUGAAUUUGGCUCACUGCAAGGAGAAUGUGGCCGCUCUCUCGCUGAGGACAGCCCUGCAGUGUGUGCAGAAAUGCAGGGGUUGCAAGAAAUUGAGCUCAAUGACUCACCUGCCUCAGCAGAGCCUGUGCCAGGGUCCCACCAGGCUGAACGUCCUCAGGAGCCCAGCAGCCAAGAGAAUAAACUCGUAGCGAACGGCACCGGGUUUCCCUUGGCCGCCACAGAGGGAGUAGCCCUGGAAAGCAGAAAGGCUGCUGAUGUGGUUAACCUGUCCAUCUCUUGCACAGCCACCUGUCUUCCCUUUUCUUCCGUGCUCAAAGAGACCCCUGCCGUGGCGGGCUCCUCGGCAAAGCAGGCUGCGUGCCCCGUCACGCGCCAGCCGCUGGGCUCCUUUGGAGUCGUCUGCUCCAGCUCCGACGAGAUGGAUGAGGAGACCAACGAAAGGAUGCUGAAUUUUUAUCAGGCCAAAGAAAAAUUUAAAAAAGAAAUGAAGAUUGAAGGAUUUCUGUACAGUGACUUAUCUGUACUAGCUUCUGAUAUCCCAUAUUUUCCACCAGAGGAAGAGGAAGAAAAUUUGGAAGAUGGAAUUCACCUGGUUGUCUGUGUCCAUGGAUUGGAUGGUAACAGCGCAGAUCUGCGGCUGGUGAAGACUUUUAUAGAACUGGGACUUCCUGGUGGAAAACUGGACUUCCUAAUGUCUGAAAGAAAUCAGACUGAUACUUUUGCUGAUUUUGAUACAAUGACUGACCGAUUAUUGGAUGAAAUUAUUCAGCAUAUCCAGUUGUACAACCUCUCCAUAUCCAGAAUAAGUUUUAUUGGACAUUCCCUUGGGAACGUCAUCAUUCGAUCUGUGCUGACUCGCCCCAGGUUUCGCUAUUACCUCAACAAGUUACACACCUUCCUGUCCCUGUCUGGGCCCCACCUGGGAACCCUUUACAACAACAGCACUUUGGUUAGUACAGGUCUAUGGCUAAUGCAGAAGUUGAAAAAGUCAGGGUCGCUUUUGCAACUGACCUUCAGGGACAACGCGGAUCUGCGCAAGUGUUUCCUCUAUCAGCUCAGCCAAAAAACGGGUCUUCAGUAUUUUAAAAAUGUUGUGUUAGUGGCCUCACCCCAAGACAGAUACGUCCCUUUUCAUUCAGCACGAAUAGAAAUGUGCAAAAAUGCACUUAAGGACAGACACACAGGUCCUGUUUACGCAGAAAUGAUCAACAACCUGCUCCAGCCUUUGAUUGGGGCCAAGGACUGCACUUUGAUCAGACACAACGUGUUCCAUGCUCUGCCCAACACCGCCAACACGUUGAUAGGCCGGGCUGCCCACAUCGCCGUGCUGGACUCUGAACUUUUCCUGGAGAAGUUUUUCCUGGUGGCAGGACUCAACUACUUCAAAUAGUGCCUGAAGUACGGGGUAACAGCAGCCAACCUUUCCAUUGAGUGGAGGAGACUCCCUUAGCCAAAGGAGUGCAAUGUUAAAAAUGACAUCAGGUGGGACUUUCAAACUUUCCAUUUCCAUUUCUCUUUCGGAGAAUAAAGUGCUAUGGCUUUAAGGCAUUCAAGCUUCCAAGUAUUGGUGCUUUUGGAAGAAAUAAAUAUUCCUCUUCAGUUUCUAUGGUUUUUGUCCACAUAAAGACAUGAGUCACUUCUGAAGUACAGAAUCAGAAAAAGAAGGUUAAUUUCUAAAUGUGAUUGGACCAAUAUAAUUCCCUUUUCUCCUGAAUAUUAAACCAGGAACUUGUCUGUCCUUGAUUUUCUGCUUAUUUAUGUAUUAACAAAGCUCUACAUUUGUAGCACUUUUGGGGUAGUUACAUAAGGAAACACAUGUAUGUGAACUCAGGUUAAAACCUUCUUUGUGAUGAACUGAGAAGUCUGAAAACCAUUUAUGAAAGUUUCAGUCUUUCUGUUUGGUGUAAGAAAAUAUUUGGAUGGUUCCAUUACUGGUAAUAAUUUGUAACAUACAAAUUGUACAUUCAAAUAACGGAAAGGAGUAAAGUAUUUUGCAUAGAAUGAACAAAUAUUGAUAUUUGUCUUUAAAAAAAAACCCCAACUUUAGUUUGGGAAGAAUUUCAUUCAAGUCAGAAGCUGCCAAACCAAGAGGACUAUAUUGGAUUACUUGUAAAAUAUCAGUGGCAUCUGUUAACAUUUCUUCUGUUUACAUUUAUAGAGGAUCAUAACUGACUUUGUUUGUUAUAACCUUAAAGGUACAAUUUUCAUGUUUACAUUUGUAUCUAAGUCCAUUUGUCCCAACAUUUUUUUUAAAAUUUAUUAUGCUGGUACCGAAUUCAAAAUCUAUCCAGUUAUACCCUGAAAAACCCCAAACAUUUG